AAACAGCACACCAGCGCUGAUGGCAGCCCCAGACGUUCGCCUUUCCCCUGCGUCCCGUCUCCGGGGCGAGGGAACUUUGGUCGGCGGUCAACCUCGCCGCGCUUGGCAUCGCCCGAUGGAGCUAUCAACACCGCGCUCGUCCUCCUCCGCGCAGGCUAUAUCAAUUUCGAGCUCGCCCCCGACCCCCGCGCUCUCACGGACUGCCGUCUCUAUUCGUACACGGUGCCCGUGUUCUCUCUGCGGGAUACUUGACCACAGUACGCCAUCGUGACCCGUGACCGACAAGAUGCUCUCCGGGCUCUCCUCCCUCCUCGCCAUCCCGGCCCUGCUGGCCGCAACGGCCGUAGCCGCACCGUCCGGAGAAGUGCCCGCUGCCCUCGCCCCGCGCGAGGCUGCGUGUCCGACGGUCACUCGAUGGAAGGAAUGGCACUAUGAGACGGUCUGGCUCUCCACGACCACCGUCACCAACGGCUGGUCCUCUCUCGGCUCCGUCACCUCCACCAAAACGGAGGAGAUGACCCGCACCAUCAACACCAGGACCACGGUCUUUUCCCCGCUCGUCACGACGCUCCCGGUCACCACUGCCUCCCCGACCGUGGCUACCGAGACAACGACAUUGACCUGGUAUACUCAUACCGUGACCGUCACCUCCCCCGGAUAUGCCCCGUCGUCGGUCUGCCAGGUCACGACGGUCACGUACACCAUCCCGAGCACCACGAGCGUCACACAGACGAUGGAUCUCUCGUGAGUGAACCCCCUUCCCCCCCCUUUUUUUUUUC